AUGGCUCCACCCAAAUAUGAACUCUACUACAACCCCUUCUCGAUCUGCUCGCUCAUGGUCCUGUACACGCUGCGUCUGAAAGGCGAGCCGAAAUCACCCGCCGACGCGGUCGAACCAGAAGAAGUGUUCAUCGACAUUUACACGGGCGAACAGAUGAUGGAGAGUUAUCUAGAGAAACACCCGAAGGGCACGGUCCCCGCAAUGUUGGCGCCCGAGCUGGGCGUCAAGUUGAUCGACAGCACAGAUAUCACGUCGUACCUCAUGGAUAGGUACCCUUCGCUGCGUCCCGACGCGCACAGACAGACCAUCGACUCGCUGCUCCAGGAACUGCAUGAGAUCUCGUACGUCACGCUGUCGUUCAAGCCCGAGGAGCGAAGGGUCGAGGGCGUCAUGGAUGCGGUGCGCAAAAUCAUGGAGCGACCCGACACGAGCGACAAAUAUCGCAAGUUGCUGCAGGGGAAGUUUGACAACCACGCGGCCGCGCUCCAGAAAUUCGCAGCCAACAAGCAAUCCGUUGAGAGUGUCGACGCCGACUCGGUCCGCUAUCUGGAGAAGAUAAGCGAGCUCCUGGCGCGACAAGGGGGUGGCCAAGCAUCCUGGCUCUUCGGCGACGACGUCGGUCCCACGGCCCUGGAUGCACACACCGUGGUAUUUAUUGCGAGGUUGCUGGAUGCGAAGCGCGAACCUUUGAUCCCUGCGGAUGUGCUGGCGUAUGGAAGGCCAAAGCUCCAGGCUAAGGAAUGGCUGGGCAUCACGAACGGGAAUCCGACGCUGCAUAGCUUGUACGUCAAGGGGGAGAAGGGCGGACAUUGA